AUGGCCACGGCCGCCUUCCAGCAAUCCCCGCUGCCACUGCGUGACUCCCUCAAGACCUCACACUUUGCGCUGGGGCCCGACGCGCGACUGCACCAGGGCACCAUGUACUCCACGUCGCGCCGGGACUUCCCAGCCUACCCAGACGCCCCCCGCACGCUUCUGUGCCGCCAGCCGCCUCGCGCGCCUCUCUUCCAACAAGAUAAGCACUGGGCGCUGGAGGAGCUCGUGUCGGAAUCCCACCGCAUGUUCCAGCCGCUCCCGCCCAGGGCCACUGCACACACGGAGCCGGCGCGAGAGCGCGCGCUCGCCAUGCAGGCCACCAACCUGCGCAUGCACGCGGACGCCCAGGCCGGUGCCGGCGUCUCCAGCGCGCGCGCCGCCUACGGUUGGGCCGAGUUGCCAGCGCGCACCCGUGAGCAGAUCCGCGGGGCGCGCUUCAUCUUUGCCGGCGACUCUGUGCCGCCUGGCGACCGCGCCAAGCUGGGCAUCCCGCCCACUACACACCAAGAGUUCUUUCCUCCCUAUGACGCUUGCCUGCAGCCUCGCGUAUCCUGCUGCUACCUCGGAGGCCCUAACCCCCUCAAGGGGGAUCACAGGAGUCAGGACCAUGGGACCUCCUACAAAAAACAGUUCCAGGCCUUGCCAGGGCCACCCGCCUUGAUGUGUAAGAGGGCUUCUUCCAGUGUGGAAUUGGGAGACUGUAAGAUUGGUUAUGGGCCCAUGUGCUCUGAACAGAAAAAGGCCUACAGGCCCCAGGGUUUGCCAGCCAACAGGUAUAACAAGGCCCAGGCUGCAGCCCAGAUCCAUUGUGUGAAUGUUCAUUCUGGAGAUGGCCUCUUCCACAAUGUCACUACCAACGCUAGGCACUUAUAUGCCCGGGAGCUAGAGCCUUUUGUUCUUCACCACGACCGGACUCCUCAGUCGUACAUCCUGGAAGGGAACCAACCCCCUGGUCCGGGCAACCUUACUACAUCCACACAGUUCUUCCACGGCCAGCCACCACCCCUGACCCGGCCUUCCUGCCGCCACUUGGCCCACGAGAAAUUGCAGAGUCACGUGACUCUAGGGGAGGAGUCGCUGUUCGGACACUUCUUCCAAACCUCAACGGCAUCGGACUACCUCGCCCCAGAGAUGACGCAGAGGCCAAAGAAAGCUCGCAACCUCCACUUGAAACUGAGCAACCUGUUUACUGGCGCUCAGUCACUCCCAAUCAAAUGUUCAGAGUCAGAUUUUGUAACCACGAACCAGAAGAUGCUGACGCCACACAGACCAGCUCCGGCUCACCUGACUGAGAAACAGCUACAGCGGUGUAAGUACAGCCACAUUGAGCCCCCACUGGGCAGACAACGCAUCUUCUCAACCCGCUAUAAGGAGCAGUUUCCCUCCAAGUACCAGGGCCCAGUGACGUUGAGUGGUGGCAGCUCCCAGGAGAGCCACAUGCUGCUGAACACACUUCAUCAGUUGGGCUGCAAGGAAACGAAGGACCCUCUGGCCCCUCAGGCUCCCAUCUACCCAUGCCACAGCAAGCAAUAA